AUGAUGUGUCAACGGGGUCGCUUUCCCACGGCCGACUGCGACGUGGAACUGGACGCCACUGCCCUGGAGCUCCGCUAUCGGCGCUACAAAAAGUCCAUGGUGCUCAUUUUGCCGCGCAAGCGGGACGGACUGACCGCGCUGGAGAUGGCGCUGACGGCACCCAGGCUGCGGAGCUGUCUGGACCGGCUCGAAGACCGAGGCAGCGUCGACGUCAAGUUGCCCAAGUUCGGCGUCAAGCAGGCCUUCGACCUCACGGGUGUAUUGCCCAGGUUGGGCGUCGUCGACCUCUUCGUGCCGGGGCUGGCCGACCUGCCGGGUUUACCGGUACGUAAUGCCGAAUCCUCGGGUCUCGCCGUCGCGAAACGGCACCUGUCUCUAGCGGUCCACUGCGCCUCCGUGCAAACCAAGGAGAAGGGCCACAAGUUCGGCCCGUGGGACGACCCGGAGGCGCGCCUGACAUUCAACGUGGACCACCCGUUCAUGUUUGUGGUCCUUAGCAGGGCUCCAGAGGCAGUGCUGUUCAUGGGAUCGCGUCUGAUGAGACAUGAGCCGCCUGUUCCCCGCUUCUCUUACACUAUUAUCCAGCAGGUGGCACCGGACUUGUGCUACGACGUGCGCUAUGGAGCCCACAUGGACAGCUUCGAGGUGCCUCUCGAGUUCUAA